GUCGGCGCUGCCAUCUUGCCGUGAGACAGCAGGAGCCGGAGCGGGAGCGGGAGCGGCAGUCGGAGCGGGGCUAUGUUGUCCUCACCUGCUAUGUACUGUGGUCCUGGCCGAGAGCUGGAGAUGGAGCCGUACAGAGCCGCGGGUCCCACGCAGCUUCGCUUUUCGCCCUACGUUUUCAACGGAGGCACUGUAUUGGCAAUUGCUGGAGAAGAUUUUUCAAUUGUUGCUUCUGACACUCGAUUAAGUGAAGGGUUUUCAGUUCAUACCCGGGACAGCCCCAAGUGUUAUAAAUUAACUGACAAAACAGUCAUUGGAUGCAGUGGUUUUCAUGGAGACUGCCUUACACUUACAAAAAUUAUUGAAGCAAGACUAAAGAUGUAUAAGCAUUCCAAUAAUAAGGCCAUGACUACAGGGGCGAUUGCUGCAAUGCUGUCUACAAUCCUCUAUUCAAGACGCUUCUUUCCGUAUUAUGUUUACAACAUCAUCGGUGGACUUGAUGAAGAAGGGAAGGGAGCCGUGUACAGCUUUGAUCCCGUAGGAUCCUACCAGAGAGACUCUUUCAAGGCUGGAGGCUCGGCAAGCGCCAUGUUGCAGCCCCUGCUGGACAACCAGGUUGGUUUUAAGAACAUGCAGAAUGUGGAGCAUAUUCCACUGUCCCUGGACAGAGCCAUGCAGCUGGUGAAAGACGUGUUUAUUUCUGCAGCUGAGAGAGAUGUGUACACUGGAGAUGCACUUAAGAUCUGCAUUGUCACCAAAGACGGCAUCCAGGAGGAGACUGUUCCCCUGAGGAAGGACUGAUUGUGUCCUCUCUGAGGAGUCAGUUAAAGCAUCUUAAUUUUGUACCUUGUAACUAUGGAUCUUGGAACUGUUGCACUAAUUUGUUUUAUUAAAAAAGAAAUCCACAGUACGCAUCCCAGUUUAACUCGUAGUCUUGUCUAAACAGUAUAGAUCUAGGAAGUGAAAUUUCUUCCUUUUGUUUUCUUCACACCUUUCUUUCUCUUGGAGCUAUUGUGUUUCAAGGAUGAGAAAAUGAUGUAAAUAAAGGUUAUGUCCACUUUUCCUUACAUUUAUGAACAAGAAAUUUGUUUAGAAACAGUGACUCUUUUGGUUAGCAUAUUAAAUGACCAACUUAGGAUGGUCGCUCUAUGAAGGGGGCUCUUUAGAAUCUUAGUUAGCUUACCCCACUUGCCUUGAUGUGAGAACUGCCUUUAAACCACCAAGAAGGGACAGUGUUUAUCCUGAUUUUAUAGACUUGCAUGGAUGUAAAUGGAAUAUGUUAAUGUAUUUCAUUCUUGGGACUAUUAAGCAGGCAGUCUGGAGUAGAAUGGCUGUUUGGAGAAGCAGCUUCAGAUCAACCAGAGUAGAAGUAAAAUCGUAAAAGCAAAUAGCUCUUUAAAUAGCUUCUAACCUGGAAUCUGGGACAGUCUUUUACAAACAGUGUAGAAAAGUUAAAAAUUCAGACUUAAUUUUUGAUAGAACUAAAACAGUUUUGGUUUUAGAACUAUUAAGUAUAUUUUGUAAUUAUAAUGUUGGAGUGAUUUUCUUGAUGUUGAUUGAGCAAGUGAAAUUACACAGCAUAACGCGGGAUAUGAUUUGCUUCGUAGCACAAUGAUCUGUGGUUUAAUGGGGUUUUACGAUUUGGCAGUUAAUCUUAGAAACUACAUCAAUUUAUUUUGCAUCCUUUUAAAAAGAGUUUACAUCAAAUUUUCAGUGACUCCAUGGAAUGCAUAUUUUGACCAUUCUACAGAUAUCUGUUAAAUACUGUGUCACUGUCACAGGCACUAGGGAUACAAAUGGUGAGAUCUUACAUUUCUCUUAUAGUGUCACAACUAAAAAUUGUAGAUUAUCCCAUUCACAAUACUCGUUUUUCAUUUUUAAUUAUAUGAAAUAGAUCUAUUUUAUUUUUUAUCCAAAGGAUUUUCCACAGAUUUUGGCAUAAAUUCAUGUGUGCCAAAGAUUUCCUUUAAGGUCCUAGUGAAGGCUUUUAGUGAAGUUCUACAUACUGAGAAAAGAUUGAUGGUGCAUAAUUGGUGUUUUCACAGCAUCUUUUUGUCCCACCUUCGGGUACAAGUUAUUUUCAUCUAAUUUCUUACAGACCUUGAAAGUAAAAGGCUGGAGACAACACUAUCUAGUACAAAGUGUGCUGGCAUGGGAUCAUUCUAGAACUAAUUCCGACUCCAGCUGUUUGAGUGGCCUUUAUAGAGUCAUUCAACCACAGUUCCUCACCUGCAAAAGACAGGCUUUAGAACUACAGUAAAGAUUGGAAGCCUGAUUUAAUUUUACAGUUGGCCAGCCUUUAGAGUUCUGAUUAGAAAGCUGUCAUAGCACGGAGACUUGGUCAGAUUUAUGUUCCCAAAAUCUGCUGCAAAGAAUGAAAAGUAUAUGGAAUUGAAGGAGUCCAAUGUUAGAAAUUGUUGAAGGAAAACAAGUGCUUAGUUUUUUGUUGUUUUUUUUUUAAUUUCUGAAUUGGCAAUUCAGGAAUGGCAAUUUUUAUUUAAUUUGCAAGCCUGUGGUUAAAAAUAAAAAACAUAGGCAGUAAGUUUUACAAGUCAAUAAAAAGCAAUUCUAUCA